AUGUCAGCGACCACCGCUACCUUACCCUCUCCUCAGGCCUGGAGUCCCGGUGUUGGUCCCAACGUUUCCACCACACCGAUGGGACUGCCACAAAGAACCCCUUCAUCUGUUGGCCAAAUGACCGCCCCGAUAUUGGGAAAAGCGGGCACUGCUACUCUCUCACCACGACUCCUGCGCGACUCGUGUAACAGCUAUUUCGGCAUCGUCGAUUUCUCCACUGCUAAUCCAGCGAAUUCAUCCUCCAUGCAUACACGCAAGGCUUGGAAUUUACCUGCAGGCUCACCCUCCGUGAAACUUAACUGCAACACAAACAACACCAAUAACAAUAAUAGCAAUCACUGCAAUCGCCACUCCUCUGAACACACCUUUGAAUUCGAAGCGUUGAGGAAGCAGGCUGAAUCAGCUGGGUUUAUCGCUGGCCAUAGAAUAUCAUCUAGCUUCGAGAAGCAGACACAGGCUCAACGGGACCGGGGAAGAAAUGCUGAAGAGAAACGUGAGAGACAAUCGCCUAUUUCUCCACACACUUCCGAUGCCUCGUGGACCCGGCCUCGGUAUGAUGAUAUGGUGACGAGCUAUAUGAGCAUUGAUCCGCGUCCUAAUACUCAUACAGCAGAGGUUAAGUCGGCGACUGCUUUUGUCAAGCCGAUCUAUGACAAUAUACCAACAGUACCAAACUCAGCCGCAAACAUCACAUGUCCAGUUACCUCUGUUAGUUCAGAAGGUGGUGCGCAGCCCAUGCGCCUCACAAUUCCCCAAUCCGCGCAGAAUUCUUUCGCUGGGCAUAGAUCGCGCCCUCUCCAACGUUCAGAAACUUCUCCUGCCAGCGUUGACCAAGGAAAUGUUAUCUUCAUCUCCCCGAGUAUGUGUGCGGAGCUCUUAAAGUCGUCUCCAGGCAAUACUCUUUUCCUAGAUGUGCGACCGUAUCCCCAAUUUACUGAAGCAAGAAUAAAAGGGGCCUUGAAUCUAUGCAUACCCACAACGCUAUUGAAACGCCCCUCUUUCAACCUGCAAAAGCUCCAGGACACCUUCGCAGGCGAAGAGAAGGAAGGUUUCGCACGCUGGCAGAUAAGCACGCGCAUCGUCGUCUACGAUGAAUCAACGACACACAUGAAGGAUGCAUCAACGUUAAUCAAUGUGCUGAAAAAAUUCACGAGCGAAGGUUGGAAGGGCGAACCAUCUAUCCUACGCGGUGGCUUUGCGAAAUUCUCCGCUGAGUUCCCGGAAGCCGUGGAAUCUGCGUCGCAAAUGAGUGGUGGCCGCCAACAACCACCCUCUACCGCCCUUCCACUCCAACGCUCCAUCAGCCUUGCCCUCCCCCGCAACUUAUACAUGUCCAUAGCAGGAGGCUGCUCAAUUCCCAAAGCCACUUCAACCACCCACCCUUUUUUCUCCAACAUUCGUCAGAAUACGGACCUGAUCGAUGGCGUUGGCCAGAUCCCGAUCAAAGUGCCCCCACAGCUCCAGCCACAACUACAACCAAAAUCUGGCAACAGAAAAGCAGACCACCUACAACUCCUCCCGCAAUGGCUCAACCGUGCCUCCGACAUUGAAGAUAACGGUAAACUGGUCUCACAGAGGUUCCUACAGAUUGAGCAAGCGGAGCAGAAACGGAUGCAAGAGGCGCUGACGGGGUCUGUGGAGUAUGGUGAGGCUAAUACGAGUAAUUCGGGAAAGAAACCCUUCCGUAUUGCGGGAAUAGAACAGGGAUCUAAGAACCGGUAUAAUAAUAUAUAUCCCUAUGACCAUUCGCGGGUGCGGUUGCAGGGCGUCCCUAAUGGGAUGUGCGAUUAUUUCAAUGCGAGCUUUGUACAGUCUUCGCGAUCGCAGAAGAGAUAUAUUGCAACGCAGGCGCCGAUUCCGGGAACUUUUAAUGACUUCUGGCGCGUCGUCUGGGAACAAGACAUCCGUGUCAUCGUCAUGUUAACCGCGGAAUCCGAGGGGCCGCAGGUGAAAUGCCACCCGUACUGGAAAGCAGGAGACUACGGACCUUUACAGGUUAAAGCAUGUACGGAAAAACGUAUACCACUCACCAUCUCACCGCAAUCCAAACAACAACAUCAACGUUCUCCAAGCGCCCAACGCCGCGCGACACACCCACAUACCCUAUCCGAAAACCUAGAUACUCGAGAUGGAAACGAUAUACGACAAGUCACUACCAACACCAACACGACCAAUUCCGACAGCGUUUCGCCCUUCGUAACAAUCCGGCACCUGACGCUUGCCCACACCUCCUUCCCCUUCCAGCCCAUUCGCGAAAUAACCCAGUUACAAUACGCGCAUUGGCCUGAUUUCGGCACCCCCGCUGAACCGGCUCAUCUCGUCAGGUUAAUUGAGGAGGUGAAUCGGGUUGCUGAGACGGCAAAUGGUGAUGUCGGGAAUGGGAUGAUGAAGCCGGAGCCUGAAAAGCAGCGGCGGAUAUUGGUCCAUUGCAGUGCUGGGUGUGGGCGAACGGGCACGUUCUGUACCGUUGAUAGCGUGGUGGAUAUGUUGAAGAGGCAGAGAAUGGCUGCAUUGGCGUCAAAGACAUCGUCAACGUCAGCGUCAGUGAUGACUUCGCCUACGGCUAUGGAGACGGCGUCGGCGAUGUCGACUAAUAUGGUUGAAGGUGAGAUUGAGGAUGAAGAGAAGAAAGGGGGGGGUAACGAUGACUGGCUCUGCCGCGAUGACAUAGACCUCAUCGCCGCCACUGUGGAAGAUUUUCGCCUCCAGAGACUGAGCAUGGUGCAGAGUCUCAAGCAGUUCGUGCUUUGCUAUGAGAGUGUUUUGGCGUGGAUUGCGCUGCAUGAGGUGGAGCUUGUGAAUGGAUGUGUCGAUGAUGAACAUCAGUUAUGUCCUGGUAUAGAUCGGACGAUGACUGCUCCGUUGUCGGCGCCUUUGACGGCUCCAUUGGUGACACCUCUCGCUCGGAAGGGCCUGGGUGGGGAGGAGGAGGGAUCUGCAAGGAGCAGUUACGAUGAGUGA